UCUUUUUGUUUCAUGAACAGCUGAAGCAACUGAAGAUGAGACGAAACCCAAACCAAAGAUGUUUGUGCCAAACAUUGCUGCCCCCAAGAUACCCGAGGGGGGGGACAAAGUCGACUUCGACGACAUCCACAGGAAGCGUCAGGAGAAGGACACGGCGGAGCUGACGUCUCUGAUCGAGGCUCACUUCAUCCAGAGGAAGAAGGAUGAGGGGGAGCUCAUCGCCCUGGUUAACAGGAUUGAGAAGCGACGCACGGAGAGAGCGGAGCAGCAGAGGAUUCGUACCGAGCAGGAGAAGGAGAGGCAGGCUCGUCUGGCGGAGGAGAAGGAGAGGAAGGAGAUGGAGGAGCAGCGCAAGAAGCAUGAUGAUGACGCCAAGAAGAAGAAAGCUCUCACCACCAAGACUCACCAAUUUGGAGGAGUCCAGCAGAGGCAAGAAGGUAAGAAGGGAGCCAAGAAACAGACAGAGAGAGAGAAGAAGAAGAAGAUUCUGGCUGACAGGAGGAAGCCACUCAGCGUGGACCACCUCAGCGAGGACAAACUCAAGGAGAAGGCCAAUGAGUUGUGGCAGUGGAUGAUGGAGCUGGAGGCCGAGAAGUUCGACCUCAGCGAGAAGCUGAAGAAACAGAAAUAUGACAUGAACGUGUACCAGACUCGCAUCAACGAGCAGCAGAAGUUUGCCAAAGGCAGAGGCAAAGGCAAGGCGGGCCGGCUGAGGUAAAGACAAACAGGAAGCGGGAAGCCUCCAGGAAGCCAGAGGACCCAUAUGGGCUUAUUGUUGUUCUUGUUGUCACUGUACACGCUAGUGAUGGAAAUGUACAAUUACAGUUUAUUGUACAUGUAGAUACAAACAAUAAACAGAGAUCAUUGCUUUUGAUUGUGAUUU